GGUAAACGGGUUUCUUGGCUUAGCUUUUUUUUACGCCUCUCUUCUUGUUUCCUUCUUCAAUUUUUUUUUUUUUAUUAUUUUGUAAUGACAAAACCCGUGUUGGAAAAAAAAAGAUCGAAAUUCCUUCUUCAUGACUUGGGACCACCACAAUUCUCCAAGCGUUGGAUUAGAGAACUGCAAUCAUACCCUGAUCACCUUCGUUUAAAAGGAUCCGUUUUACCCUCAAUUUUACCAUUAAUUAUUCUGACUGCCACUUAUGCGUAUUUUAUUGGUGUCAUGUACAUUCAAUGGGGAUGGUCUCAAGUGGCACUGAGUAACUCUAUCGUGCCGGUUUUAUCUGUUGUGCUUGGUUUAUUAUUAGCAUUUAGAGCUAAUACAUCGUAUGCAAGAUACUAUGAAGGAAGACAACUUUGGCAAGAUCUUUCAAGUAAUACAAGAAAUCUAGCUAGAUUAAUUUGGUGUAGUAUUCCAGAGCGUACACAAAAUGAUCAUUUGGAAAAGAUGAGAUGUAUGAAGCUAUUAUUAGCGUUUGCGGUGUCCACUAAGCAUUACCUGAGACGUGAAUAUGGUAUUGAUUAUUACGAUUUGGAUUAUUUGUUACCUCCCAAUUGGAUCCCUGCUGCUGCAGAUGAUAUGCUCUUUGUGAUCAAGGAUGAUAGUUCGGAUGAUGAGGCUGUACUAGUUACAAAUGUCACCGGUGGUAGUACCACACACUUAUUGGACGCAAGUCAAGGUGGAGAUGAUAUUCAUGACUUGGGAAACCAGAAAUGCCCUUCCACUGCCCCAUCAUCGACAUCUACCCUGGAUGAGGUUGUACAAAGUCCCAGAGAAAUCAAUAGUUCUUCCUCCACCAUUACUGAACAUGACAAGAAACCCAUCAAGAAGAAGAAUUUCAUGAAAAAGAAGAGAAAUACCAUCAAAUUCGUUUCCGAAGAAGAUUUACCCGACGAAGGAAAUUCAGACAUGUCUUUGCCUUUAGAAAUCAUCUUUCGUAUGAGUUUGUACAUGGCACAAGCAAAGACCUCUGGUAAAAUCGAUGGACAGUUUUCUAACGUGAUCAUUACCCAUUUAAACAAUCUAAAUGAUUGUUUAUCGGGUAUGGAACGUAUUGUCAAUACACCGAUUCCCGCAGUCUAUGUAGUUCAUUUAAAACAAUCAUUGGCCUUGUACAUUUUAGCGAUUCCUUUCACAUUGAUCUCCCAGCUUGGAUGGUGGAUUGUACCUACAAUCAUAUUGGCGUCGUUUACAUUGUUCGGAAUUGACGCGAUUGGGGCUCAGAUUGAAAACCCAUUUGGUUAUAACAAUAAUGAUUUACCGCUAAACACAUUUUGCGAUUCACUUCGUAAAGAGAUUGAAUUCAUCAUUUAUCACUUGCCUUGUGAAACCGAAAACGCAAUGAUGAUUUAA